AUGGAUACAAUACAAACAGCACAAACUUUUACAUGUGGAAAAGCUGUUCUCUCACUUGAUAUAUCACCAGUUAAUAGUUUAUUAAUAUGUGGUUUUACUGAUCGAUUUAUUCGUCUUUAUGAUACACGUCUUCAAGAAGGAUAUGUUCUUCAAUCAACAUAUUCAUCACAUAGUCAAUGGGUAUCAAGUGUUAUGUGGUCAAGCAAUUCCGAAUAUUUAUUUGUAUCUGGUUCAUAUGAUUCAUUAGUUAAAUUAUGGGAUACACGUUCAUUAAAAGCUUCUCUUUAUGAUAUUCAAGGACAUGAAGAUCGUGUUUUAUGUAUUGAUUGGUCGAUUGAUCAAUUAAUUCUCUCAGAAGGAACUGAUAAUUCAUCGAAAAUGUUUUCAUUUAAAGGAAAAAAAUAG